CAAUACACAAGCUUCUGCUGCUGCUGCUGAUUUCUCAGCAUUCGAACUUCCAAUUCUGAAACUGGACGUGUCGGUGUCACACCCAACCUGUACGGUGGUAACAUAAUUCAAAGCACAAAGAGUUGAGAUUCCAAGAAGAAGAAUUAGAAAGGCGGAUAAGAUAUCGAUCACAUGGAUUCCCAGAUUCAAAUCCUUCUUGGUAGUGAUGCAGCGCCUUUCGAAUAUGUCAUAAAUAGUCUUUUGAGUGCCCAUAAUGAGUCUCGGGCUCAAGCUGAGCAUCUCCUGAAUGCCUGCAAGCUGAAAUAUCCUGGAAUCUUAUUAAUGAAACUUGCCCAUAUUCUGCAACAUGGGUCUGAACCUGGAUCAAGAUCAAUGGCAGCUGUACUUCUUCGCAAGAACAUUGGUCUCUGGCUGCAACUGGAUAAUGUCUCCCGAGGUAAAGUCAAGCAACAGUUGCUCUCUUGCUUGGUAUCUGAGGAAGUCAGAUCUGUCUGGAAACUAUUAUGCGAUACGGUGGCAGAAUUGGCUUCCACUGUCAUUUAUGAGGAUGGAUGGCCUGAGUUGCUUCCUUUCCUAUUCCAGUGUGGUGGAUCUGAGAAUUUAUGCUUGAAAGAAAAGGCACUCCUCGUAUUGGGUCAAUACAUGCCUAUUGCAACUUCAGAGAUGCAUCCACACCUUGAUACGAUUCAUGAAUUUUUUCGUCAAAGCCUUUCAUUAUCCAUGCCGGGCCAAGUUCACUUAGCAGCACUCCAUGCUGUUGCAAGUUUUAUACAGUUUUCCGGCUCACCAAAACGGAGAGAUAUGUUUCAGGACUUGCUUAUGCCAAUUAUGCAGGCACUGACUUCUGCACUUGAGGCUCAUUUCGAGGUAGUUGCACAAGAAGAACUGGAAGUACUUAUUGAAGUUGCAGGAAUAGCACCAGGCUUUCUCCGUGGACAGUUACAUGAAGUUUUGGGUUUUAUGAUUGAAAUAGUUGAAGCUCAAGGGCUAGAAGAUGGAACUCGGCAUCUGGCAUUGGAGUUUUUCUUGACUCUUGCAGAGACUCGGGGCUUUGCCACAGGAGUGAUGAGAAAACUUCCUCAGUUGGUUGCAAGAUUGUUUGUUUUCCUAGUGAACCUUUUAGUAGAUGUUGAAGAUACUCCUUUAUGGUAUGCCGCUGACAUGAAGGAUUUGAAUGCUGGUUUGUCCACUAAUUUUGAAACAGGAAAGGAAGGCUUAGACCGCCUUUCUUAUUCUUUGGGUGGUAAAAUAAUACUUCCAAUUGCUUCUGAGGUAGUUCCUUCUUAUCUGAAUGACCUUGACUGGAGGAAGCGGCAUGCUGCUCUCAUCACACUGUCACAGAUCGCUGAAGGCUGUCAGAAGGUUAUGAUAAAAAGUCUCGACUCUGUUGUAGAUAUGGUUUUAGUUUCAUUCAGUGAUCCUCAUAUACGAGUACGUUGGGCAGCUAUCAGCGCGAUUAGUCAGCUUUGUAUUGACUUUAGUUCUGAACCAGUGGAGCAUUUUCACCAGAAAAUUGCCCCAGCUCUCAAUGAUGCACUGGGAGACUUUCAAAACGCUCGUGUUCAAGCUCAUGCUGCAGCAGCAAUUGCCAAUUUCUGCCGUGGUUGCACUGCUGAAGUUUUAAAGCCCUGGUUAGGUGGGCUUACGGAGAAACUACUUCUCCUACUCCAGAAUGGGAAACUCAUGCAGCAGGAAGUUGCUCUGACGGCUCUUGCUGCUGUUGCCUAUUCAGCUCAGUCCCUUUUCCGAGUUUACUAUGAUGUUGUGAUACCUUAUUUGAAGCAUAUCCUCUGUAAUACAACGGAUAGUGAAGAUAGAAUGCUUCGUGCAAAGUCUCUGGAGUGCAUUAGUGUCAUAGGUUUGGCUGUUGGCAAGGAUAAGUUCAGCCAUGAUGUCAAGGAGGUUAGUGAUGUGUUUAAGGGUCUUCAAACAAGUGUUCUAAGCAACAAUGGCGAUGAUCCAACUGCUUGUUAUAUGCUUCAGCAGGCGUGGGCCCGCAUUUGCAAAUGCCUGGGAAAGGAUUUUCUGCCUUACAUUGGUGCUGUAAUGCCACCUCUCUUGCAAAUGGUUCAACUCAAUCCUGGAGUCACAGUGACUGAUGCAAAUGCUCUAUUCGAACAAGUCACUCCUUCUGAUCAUGACAGAAAUAGCAGGACAACAAUUACCAUAGGGAACAAGAGAAUAGGUGUAAAUAUAAACAUGUUAGAAGAUAAGACUACUGCCUGCAACGUGCUUUCCUGCAUUGUGGAUGAGUUAAAGGAGGGGUUUUAUCCCUGGUUGGAUCAGGUCCUUCCUAUUCUGGUACCGCUUCUAAACUUCUCAUUCCAUGAAGUUCGGAUGGCCGCUGUUUCAGCUAUGCCCCAGCUACUGCAUGUGGGAAAAUCAGCAGUUGGUAAAGGCCUCGCCCAAGGACGCAAUGCAUCUUUUGUUAAGGAACUUUCAGAUUAUAUCAUUGCAUCCCUUGUUAAAGCAUUACACAAGGAGCUCUUGGUGGGUGUUUUGACCAAGAUGUUGGGUUCUCUAGAUGAAAGCAUCCAGAUAUCAUGGACCAUCCUUGAAGCAGAUCAGGUUCAAGAUGUGGUUGAUGUGUUGAAACAUGUGAUUAUUGCUAGCAUAAGCAGAAGAAGGGAAAUACUUGAACAAAGAGCUUUGGAGGUCUUUGACGAAGAGGAAUUUGAGCUACUGAAGGAGGAGGAUGCUGAGGAAACUGCAGUUUUUGAGCAGGUUGGUAAAUGCUUUGGAACUCUCGCAAAGCUUCAGAAAUCGGCUUUUGCUCCAUAUUUUAAUGAAUUAGUACCCUUUAUUGCCCGAAUGCUGGUGAAUGACUGGACAUUAGAGGAAAAAUACAUAGCAAUUUGCAUUUUUAACGAUGUUGCAGAGAAUUGUGGAGCUAGUGCUAUAAGAUAUCAUGGCAUAUUCUUACCAUUUCUUCUUGAAGCUUCUAUGGAUGCUGAUGCAGAUGUUUGUGUGGCGGCUAUCUAUGGAAUUGGCGUAUGUGCUGAACAUGGAGAUGCAAAGUCAAUGCCUUUCAUUGAAGAAGCAUUGAGAAGGCUAUAUUACAUCAUCAAACACCGAUCAACUUCAAAAUUCGAUAAUCAGAUGGCAACUGAUAAUGCCAUAUCCGCCCUUGGUAAGAUUUGCGAAUACCGAAGAGACUGCAUCAAUGCUACUCAGGUCCUUCCAGCUUGGCUUAGCUGUCUCCCCAUAAGAAAUGAUCUCAAGGAAGCCAAAGUUCUACAUGGACUAUUCUUCCGAAUGGUGGCAAGGUCAGAUGCUUUGUUGCUGGGCCGAAACAAUCAGAACUUACCCAAGAUACUUUCGGUGUUUGCUGAGAUACUAACUGCGGAAGGUGACCUUGCAUACGAAGAGACGUUGGCAGAGAUCCCAGAUCUGUUACGGAAGUUAAUGCGAGCAAUACCACCGACUGCUUUUGCUUCCUUGUGGGCAUCAUUGCCAGCUCGGCACCAAGAGGUACUGCACCCCAUAUUCAAAACCUGAUACUGUAUAUAGAUUCUCUCCUGAGGUUCGAUUUUGAUGGGUGGUGCGGUUUUUCUCCACUGAUUGUAGUUUGUGCAUUUAUCGAUCUCAAUCAGCUGUUGUUGUAAAUUUUCGUGUAUUUGAUGUUGUACAUUGAAAGUUUUGUAGGAAUUAGUUACAAAAGGGAGGGGUUAUUGCAUCAGGCUCUCUGUAACACUACUGGGUUUUUCAUUUACACAUGAUUGAUGUUCUUUUAUAAGAUUUGUUUCUUUCUCCUGUA